UCCGAAGCUCCGGGUGCUGGCGCCGGAGGCCGGGUGGAGAGGUCGUGGCUGCUGGUGUCCUCCGCGGUUGGUCGGUGGGAACCUGUGACAGCUGCAGCUGCUCCCCGCCCCCGGGCGGCCGAGGUGGGUGGGGGAGGGGACGCUGGAGAGGCUCCGGGUCGCACUUCCGCUCGCUUCUGCCCGGGGCCGAGGCGAUUCCCGAGGGCCGGCGACCGUGCUGCGCGCCUCCCGGCGGACCGACAGAAGUCUGUCAUGGCUCAAGAGUCUCCCAAAAAUUCUGCAGCAGAAAUCCCAGUAACUAGUAAUGGAGAAGUCGAUGACUCCCACGAACAUGGCUAUAAUAGGGAUUUGAAGCAUUCAUUACCAUCUGGACUUGGGCUCUCAGAAACUCAAAUUACAUCUCAUGGCUUUGACAGUACCAAAGAGGGGGUUAAUGAAGCAGGAGCUUAUCAAGGUUCCCCAGAGCCACCUUUGCCAUCUGUUCUGUCUCCCAGCAGGGUUGCAGCUCCACUGGCUCAGCAAGGAGGUGAUUUAGUUGUCCCUUCAGGUGGCCAGAGAACACAGACAAAAAGUGGACCAGUUAUUCUAGCAGAUGAAAUUAAAAAUCCUGCAAUGGAAAAGUUAGAACUUGUUAGGAAAUGGAGUCUCAACACAUACAAGUGCACUCGGCAAAUUAUAUCAGAGAAACUGGGCCGUGGCUCAAGAACUGUGGACCUUGAACUUGAAGCUCAGAUUGACAUAUUAAGAGAUAAUAAGAAGAAAUAUGAAAAUAUUCUAAAAUUGGCUCAGACAUUGUCAACACAGCUUUUCCAGAUGGUGCACACCCAAAGGCAACUUGGAGAUGCAUUUGCUGACCUGAGUUUGAAGUCUCUAGAACUCCAUGAAGAAUUUGGCUAUAAUGCAGAUACCCAAAAGCUGCUGGCUAAAAAUGGAGAGACUCUUCUUGGGGCCAUUAAUUUUUUCAUUGCUAGUGUGAACACCUUGGUGAAUAAAACAAUUGAAGAUACACUGAUGACUGUGAAACAGUAUGAAAGUGCCAGAAUUGAGUAUGAUGCAUAUCGAACUGAUUUGGAAGAACUGAAUCUUGGACCACGUGAUGCAAACACUCUGCCAAAAAUUGAGCAGUCACAGCAUCUGUUCCAAGCACAUAAGGAAAAAUAUGAUAAAAUGCGCAAUGAUGUUUCUAUCAAAUUGAAAUUUCUAGAAGAAAAUAAGGUUAAAGUGCUGCACAAUCAGCUCGUCCUUUUCCACAACGCCAUUGCAGCCUACUUCGCUGGGAAUCAGAAGCAGCUUGAACAGACACUAAAGCAGUUCCAUAUCAAAUUGAAAACUCCUGGAGCUGAUGCCCCAUCUUGGCUUGAAGAACAGUAAACUUUCACCUGGAAGAGAAAGAACAGUUUUAUUGUUAUACAACUAAAUAAACCUAAUAAGAACGAAGCGGCAUUGGGGAAAGCAGUGGGGUGACGGCCCUUGUAGUGAAUCUUGCACAGACAGCUUUAAUUUUCCCUUACCUCCCUUAACAAUUGAACUGUUAAAUUUGAUGGGAAGGUGGGUGUUUUAGUGUAAGCAUAAUUUCUAUAAUUCUAAACAUAGUAAUUUUCCUUUUUAAGAAAUCCUUUUGUACUGUAAGGGUUGAUGGCUAUUUCUAUAGUUUGAAAACAUCUAAUAUAGAUUUGCACUGACAAGAUAAAAAUUCAAAGUUUUUGGUUCCAGACAUGAGGGCCAGGUGUAAUUUUUCCAAAAGGAUGUUUACAUGAUUUGUAUCAACAUCAGAUAUUUUAUAUAUGAAUAUAUUAAACAUCUUUAAGAGAUUCAUGUUCACGUAUUGUCUUAAAAAAGAAACUAUUUUGCAGAGUAAAUUAUAUGGCGUCCUGCAGUACCACAGGGAGGCAGUGUGGAUGGUGGAUUGGCUCAUGGAGUUGUGGCAGAUAUCUUUAUCUUUUUUAAAUGAAUCUGUACCACUGUUAUUUUGUUUAGAAGUUUCUUUUUAAAAAAAAAAAAAAAAGACAGGAAUCACACCAUCAUUUCUGUGAAGUGUUUAAACUUAUGAACUUGUAUCACUCAAAGUUGUUAGAGUUAUGUAGACAAUUUUGAUUUAUAAUGAAACCUGAUAAGAGAGGUUUGCUUUUUAAAAAAACAUGUAGACAUGGAAAUUCUUGGUGGUUUCUAGAGUAGAAAUCUAUAGUUAGAAAGCUAGUUUGGGGGUAAAUUCCAUUUUGAUAGAAGUGAAUUCCUAGACAGCUUUCAGUAAUUUCCAUAUGUAACAAUGCCGAUUAAGCCUUAAAUCACACAUAUGUGCCUUCGCAAAUACCAGUGUACAUAAUCCAUGAAGAAACCCCUGUCAGAUAAUGUGUGAUAUGUCAGUUCCUUUUGGAAAGGAAUAGUCUGUAAAUGUUGGGUUUCUUUGUUCUCACUGAAGCACACUUGAGGUUUAUGGUGAAACCAACUUUUGAGCUUUUUGUUCAGUUUCUCUUGAUUCUUUUUGAGGAAUGGGACUAUGGAAGAAUUUUUUCCAUUUGGGUAAUGGUGGUGGUCACAGGAAGGGAAAUGUUGGAAAGGCCAGCACUAUCUUCCUCAUGCAACACUGUUAGUUUUGUGUGUGUGUGGUUGGCCUGUCCACUGUGGGGUUCCUCGGUAACAUAAUCUUAUUUAAACGUAAAGAUCUUUUGACUUUCGUUAUACACAUGAGUAUUUUGAGAGAGAUCUCUUCACGUUUGUUUCUAUUGUGUUAAAAUGAAGUGCUUAAAAUUACUGUUAUACAUGAACUUUGUGAACUGUAAGAUGUGUUAUAUAUGUCCAGAUGCCUUUUAGCUGGCUUUUUAAUUAAUAUGCCUGUUUGAGUCCUUAAUACAAUGUACUGUGAUUGUAAAUCAUAAGCCUAUUUUGAAUCAUUCCUUCCUGUGUAUUUGUACUCUGAGAGAGCCUUAUUUUAUUCUUCCAGCAGAAUAACUCUUGUGAUAUAGUUCAUUUACAUUCCCCAGAAUGUGCCUCUGGUGUGAAUUUUGUAUUCUUAUUAAAAGUGUUGGCUGCAGUA